GGAAGGACCUACUGAUGUUGGUUGCAGAGCUGGAUUAUGUAGCCUCACCUAGAUAAUGUGCCUUUUUGUCAUCACAUGCAAUAUCCAUAUUCACCACCAACUGCCUUCUGCUGUAUUUUCGUAUAGGUGUGUUAAUCGUUGUGUGGAAUUCAUGCCCACGCCGGGGAGCAGGAGAACCAUGGCGGCCCCAUGUAAUUUACUAGUGGUGGGGGCAGCAUGAGAAGUUUGAACGACCAUGACGAGAUGACCGUUGGAAAUCCAGUGCCUCCCUCUACUAUAGCCACACUGGACAAAGUCAGCAUGAUGAUUGGUGGUACUGGCCCUAACAACGGGGACGAGCCUCGACGACCACUCAUCAAACAGGAGGCGGUGGAUGUGGAGGACAACUCCGGGCAAUACCUCGGUAUCAACCCCAUCAGCGGGGAGCUUCCAAAACAGCACAGUGAUCCCGGCCUGCGGACAACUAGGGAAGGCAGUUUUGAGGCAGAGACUUCACACUGGAGUUAUUUCCAACGGAAAGAGUAUGAAAAAUUUCGGGAACAAAAGUCAGUGAUAGAACGUUACAAUGUAGAGACAUAUUCGUCACAGUGGGAAGCUAAUGUAGAGCACAAGACUGUACUUAGGAUGCCCCAUAAUGUAAGUGCACCCAGCUUACUGCUUCAGACGCAGGAAGAACGGAGGUACGAGUAUCGUAAGAAAAUGUUUGAGAAAGAAACUUCACAUGUUGGUCAUCCUGUUUUCUCCCAGUUACAGACACUGCACAGUGAUGACAGUUUCCGUGGUCACUACUCGGACAUCAGCGGGUCUGAGGACAGUCCAAGUAGUCGUGAGGCCUCCCCCUAUACCAAGGACUAUGCCACUCAUUCCGCACAGGGUGACACUGGCUCGUAUGAUGAGGUCCCGCGGGAAGAGAAGAGGAUCAUCCACCAACCAACCAGCAUUGUCAUCACAAGUGACGACGAUUGUGUGACGACUGUCAAAAGUGAUACAGACUUGUCGCCCUUGACAGAGGAGGGCAGAGCCCGAAGUAGACACUUAUAUCCUGGUAACUUCAAAAAGUUUUUACAUGCAAGGUACUUAAAGAGUCAGAAACAUAGCGGAUCAUCCUCAUCAACAGAUACAUCCUUGGAUCAUUCCCAGGACAAAUCUGACACCUCUCUCGGGACAGCCUCACCAGAUCUCCAGUCUUGUGAGACCAGCCUUGAGGUACCAGAAUCAGCAGUGUCUCCUUCACUGUCUUUUGAGGCCAAAUCACCGGAAGUGACUUCGGAAACUAGUGAUGACGGAGAUGUAUUCAUGGGGCCUUCAGGUAAUCAGCCUUCAACUCAGAAACGCACAAAACCCCCAUCACUACCUCAGGGUGGUAGUGGUGAACCUCUUGAUCUCACAAACACUCCGUCUUUCCGAGGACCAAUUCCCACGCCUCGAAUAUUUCCCCCUGACUCAGGUUUGUCUACAAGUGAUCCUGAUCUCAUGAGCCCAUCAGCCGCCAAGCAGCAAUUUUCUCCAUAUGUGCACCGCUCGCCAGGGGUGCUGACACCUCACUACAUAUCGUCUGCUCAAUCCUCCCCGCUGUGUUCUGUUCCAGAGGGAGGCCAUGUGUUUAACUUCAACCUGCCCAGUCCUUUUGAGGGAUUCUAUUCGGAUCCUGAACUCCUCUCCCCUAGUCCCAUGUCACCUGGACUUCACUUUGCAUUCCCGCCCCGUGCUACAAUGGUUACGUCUAUGUCGGAACUCAAUCGCCUUGCCGUAUCUCCGCGUGCCUAUUAUCCCAAUCAGCCAUUGAAAGUACCAAGCCAAAAACUAUCCACCAGUCCUGUUGGCAAAAUGGAAGUUAAUGAAUCUCAGAUUGUGGAAGGAGGGAGGCGGACUUUAUCUGAUUCCGACGCCUAUUUGUGUCCCGUUUGCACACAAGUAUUUCCAUCAUAUGAUAAUCUAGCUAAGCACAUGGCCAAGCAUCUGCCUACCGAGACAGUCCGUCAGGGUGACAACAAUAAAGUGCAUUACUGUAAGGUGUGCAAUCGCUGCUUUUCGCGCAGUGAUAUGCUCACACGUCACAUGCGGCUUCACACGGGGCUCAAGCCCUACGAAUGUACGGACUGUGGCCAGGUUUUCAGUCGUAGUGACCACUUGAACACACAUAAACGUACACAUACGGGGGAGAAACCCUACCGGUGUCCUCAGUGUCCGUACGCAGCAUGUCGACGCGACAUGAUCACCAGGCACAUGCGCACACAUGCUAAAAGAUCUGCAAAGAGAGGAGGAAAAUAUCUGUCAGUACCAGAACGUGAAGGUGAUGUACGUAAGAGUUCGGUUUCAAGUACCGACACGACAGAUUCCCAGGAGCAUUCGAUGAGGACAUAUUCAGCCUCUAGUGCAGACAGUCUAGAUUUGGAUAGUACUGGUUCAAAGUUGUCUGUUAGUCGUGGGGACAGUGGUGAACGAUUCUCAGUUAGUAGAGGAGACAGCGGAGAAUGGUCUCCGUAUCCAGUUAGUCGAGGAGACAGUGGCGAACGCUUCCCCAUCAGUCGCGGUGAUAGUGGUGACCGUCAGCUUCCCAUUAGUCGUGGAGACAGCAGUGAGCGAGUGUUUUCGGGGUACAGUGAACGGUCAUUCUCUAUCGGGCAGGGUGAGGGCGGGGAAAAAUCCUUCCCAGUGAGUCGUGGCGACAGUGGGGACUUGCAGUUCCCCAUCAGUCGGGGGGACAGCGGGGAUUUUGAUUCCAAGGCUCGCCCAUGGUCAAGUACAGAUAGUACAGUGUUUGAGGAUAUAAGUCAGGGGCUGGAGAAAAGUCACAAGCUCAAACUCCUCCAGCUCCAUCGUGAGUCGGCCAACGUUGACUCCAACUACGGCUAUCGAAAGAUGCGCAACUGGUCGACAGCAAGCUUUGAGAGUAUAGAUUCAGAGGAUGGCAAGUCUCGACCAGAGUCGUUUGCAGAGGAUACGAUAUUUGAGUAUGAACAUACGGGUGAGAUCGGGAGAUAUGGGGACAGUCCCUCUGCGGCCAUGGAGAGGCUACAAAAGUGUAGAAUUAGUACAGACACUGGUGUGGACCAGCUAACAGAAGGAACUGGGGGCAGCAAAGAUCAAGGGACGUAACUCAUAGAAUUUUUAAGAUCUUUUUAAUGCCUUUUUUAUUGUACCCUGAUAUUGUCAACAGUAAUUUCUGUUAUUGCUGGUGAUGAGAUGUUGUUAUUUAUAGUUAUGGACGAUGUUUGUUGUAUAAUCAGUGUUUUAUAUCACAAAUAUUUUAAAACAUGCACAAUGAAAAUUGAUCUAAUGUAUAUGUGGUUAGGACAUUCCUUAUGUAUAUGUGUAACAAGUCAUGUGUGCCUAAAUUGUGACAAAAGAAGGUCGCUUUACUGAACCGGUCUGUGUUAGCACUUCCAUACAUUGUCAAAGAUACGAAACGUUGGACUUCAAAUCUUGAGUCUUCACGGAAGACUUUUAAAUACACAUGUGCAAAUGGUGCAGAACAUGUUAGCUUAGCUUACAAGAUAACUUUUCAAUGGAUAUACUAACGAAACAUAAUUUUGUAUUUGAAUGUUGAAACUUACUACAAAGCUGUCAAUAUCUCAAGUUGUAAAUGUGAAAUUUUUAUGACAAUUUUAACCAGGAAUAGUUUCAAUAUCUUGUUUCCAUACAGUCAAUAACAUUAGUAAGAAGAUAUAAAGUUAUUACUAUGUCUGUGUGUCCGUGUGUGCAUUUGUCCGUCUGUUCAUCUCAUGAACCCCUGGUCAGAUAUAGUUCGAAUUCACACCAUAGCAUUACACCAUCAAGGUCUACACCUAAUUAGAUUUUGGUGGUCAUUGGUCAAGGUUAAAGGUCAAAGGUCACGCUUGACCACCCUUCAAAAAAUCAGAUAUGCUACCAGAAUAUGGUCUACGGUUUGUCUGGUCGUAUGAUUGAAAGUGUUAAUUAUAGAAAACUUUUACAUUGUCUUUAGACAAAGAGUUUUUGUUAAUUUUCUUAGCAAGUAUCAAGAAUUACACCAACUAAAUUUGAUAAUUAUAACGUUUAAUUUAUUCAUGGGACUAAAACAGCUAGUGCUAAAUAGAGAGAUUUGGAAUACGAAAGUCCAAUUUUCUUGUUGAAAAUUCAUAUUUUCGAUAGAUUUUGAGAAUCAGUGAGGAGUCAUUCUAUAAUUUUUUUGGUAAAAUUUCAUAUUCUUGAUGGAUUUUGAGAAUCAGUGAGAAGUCAUUCUAUAAUUUUCUUUGUGAAAAUUCAUAUUUUCAAUGGAUUUUGAGAAUCAGUGAUAAGUCAAUCUAUAAUUUUCAAUGAUUCCAUAUUUGUACACCAUUUAGUUUUUCAAGUUACUUUGCGUUUUUGGAUAAAGUGUAGAUUUAGGAUGUCGAGACACGUAAUUUGACAGAAUUAAAGUUUUCCAUUUGGUAUACAUAUAUACCAAACACAUAGGCAUAGUUUUAUAUGGAUUUCAAAAACAUACAAUACUGUACUUAAGUUUGUUUACAGAUUUUGUUGAUGGUCCAGGUAGAUGUGAUAUUAUUACCGGCUGUUUUGAGUAAAUUUCUAGCUUUUAUGCUUGCACAAGAGAAAAUAUCAUUUGAUCAAAUCAGUGAUCUGUUGUUGAUGACUGGGAAUGAGGGUCGCAGACAUUUUGUUGAACUAAAGACCGAUUCGUUGGCUAAGUUAUACGACCGACACAUCUAAUCUUGUACCCAGUGAAAAGGUAGAUUUUGUUAGAACUUGUAAUAGUUUAUAUCCUUAAUUCCACUCCAGGUCUGUUUCGAUCUAUGUUUGUUCAUAGAUACAUAGCAUAAUGUACAAACAGCUUUUUGGAUAUUUGUUUUUUUCUGCAUAAAGGAACAAUUCCUCUCCUUGUGUGUUAGAUAUUUACAAACGGCGUAAAAUGUCGGUAUAGUAUAAAAUACAACAAAAAUAGGUUGAUCCUCCAUCUCUCAUUUUUUAUAAAAAAAAAUUUGUUAAGAAGGAUUCUGAUAAAAUCUGAAACUUGUAAGCAAUUUGUUUACAGGUGCUUUGUUAAAAAUUUUAUUUUUUUUUUUUUUUUUUU